AAACUGAAAAUACUCGCAACGACAAAACGGAUGAAAAUUAUUUAUUGACAGUCUGGUUCCGAGAGUAUGUUUUAUAAUUUAUGACGUCAUCCCAACUAUUUUUGGUAAAGUAUGAAACAUUGUUUAGCUGAACUCGUUAAUCCUGUCGAAAAUUCAACUGGUUAUCACCCAAGCGGGUUAACCCCCAGGGCAAGUUCGCAUUUAAAAUCCGUUUCCUAUUCAACAAGUUAUCGCCUGCUAAGUGGUUUAUCAAUCCGGAUUUCGCCGGGUUAGAUGUCCAGUAACAAAGAGGUCAUGUCAGAUCUGAGAAAUGUACUCAAGAUUUUGUUUGAAAGUAUAAUCAGAAUGUUGUUAAUCUAUGCUUUGGGUCAUUACGCGUCGGUACAAUGAAAUGUGGUUUGUUUAACUCGGACAUUUGAAUGUGAUCUGUUGUUCUGUGGGAAAUUAACAGUGUCACAGGCUGGUCUAAGUUCUUUGUAUAGAAGUAAGACGUUGUUUUGUAGUUCAGUGCUUAGUAAAGUUGCUGUCAGAUACCUAUGAGAUACAAUGUACCAGAAGUAAUUUAUGCAGGAUACCGAGCUGACGCAAGAAUAUUUAAAGUUAACGACCUUAUGAUGAAAAACAAGGCGCCGCCGGACAUAUCUGCGGCUCCGGCGCCCACCAGUGAGCCUGUCAUCAUAUACGAUCUGAAGCAGCCCCCAGAGAGCUCCUCCUCUGGCAGCUCCAAGGACUCCAGCGGCGACAUGUUCCUGCCCAUUGAGUUUCGCUGCGAGGCGUGCGGGAAGCGGGCCUUCAACCUCAAGACGUGCUCCAGGUGCUGGGGCGCCAAGUACUGCGACAACAUCUGCCAGACCCGUCACUGGGACAAGCAUUCUCAGGUCUGCGUGGAGGACCCCAAAGGAAGACAAUUUUUAAAAGGUGGUCAUAUAUUAGAGCUUGACAUGAUGACACCGCUAGAGCAGCAAGGAACAUAUUUAGACAGUCAUCCUUCGUCUCUUGGGACGAUGAAGUGUCCGAAACAUGGCCACAAUAACCACUCGGCCUUCAUAGCCAUCCACGAUUUUAACAAGUCGCAUCUGCCUUUGAAGCUAAGGAUGGACGAAGUGGUCAACUACAUCCUGGCAGAAGCACAGUUCACGGUCCGUGUAAUGGUUUACUGGACAAGCAAACAAAGACCAGACGACGAUGUGUGUGCCAGAUUCAGGGGCACCCAGAAUCCCCGCGCGGCGUCUGGGAAGGUGCUGCUUAGCAACCCGAAGGACAUCAAAGUGAGGCGUUGCCCUGUAGCCCAUUGCCAUCGCCACCGGGACCUCGGGCCCGACCACACGGUCUACGUUGUGGAUGUGAAGGUCUCGACCAACGGUCGAGUUAUCUUCGACGAGGAGGAGCUACGGAGGACGACGGUAGACUUCUUUUACGACUCUGGAAACGGCGUCGGUUUGGUGAGAGAGUACGGCUACCAGUUGUUCCCUUCCAGGUCCACCUCUGACGUCAGGUACUUCUCCAUCGGGGUGCACGACCUGAAACUCUUGCAGAGACUGGAGCGCGCUGACGGGUGCAGGUCCGCCUGCUUCAAGAGCAUCCCGCACGAGGCGUUGAGAGCCAUGUCGGCGCACGCUAUAGUCAUCUCACACCCGCACGGCACGCAAAAGAAGAUCACCGUGGGCAAUGUCGUCCGGAUCACGGAGGAGAACCUGACCCCGGACUCGCAGGCCAACGCCAAGAUGCUGUCGGAGAUGGAGAAGAUGUGGUUCGAGACGCGCAGCCAGCUGGCUCACUCCCAGAUGAUCGCAGCCAUGGGGCAGCUGUCUCUCCCUGUUUAUAAAGUCUGGUACGACGCUGCCACUUGCUUAGGGAGCGCCGGCGCCCCAGUGUACUUCGGGGCCAGGCAGACGUCCGGUAUCUGGGGGCCCUACGAGGCGCAGCAUGCAUCCUACGACAUCGAUGCGAAGCUAAAUUAUUUCAAAGUACCUCGCUUUGUAGCUUGACCUAGAGGCUAUACGGUUGACAAAGUCUUCCUACUUCGGUGUUGAACUGGAUAUCAAUACCCCCACACACACACACACACACGCCUUUUUUUGUGGACAACGGCUUUGUUUGCGUUAGAUAUGUAAUAAUAUACAGGUCGCAGCUGGGUCUGCGUUGUCACGUAUAAUAUUGCAAUCAUCCAUAAUCUUCGGACUGGAAUAUUGCUGCUGUAGUGUUGUUACUAGAUAUUGUAAGCUUCGUAAUUGAGUACAUAUUGUGAUUAUUAGAAAUCAAUAUUAGCAUCAUGUUUUUAAUGUAUGUAUUAAUGAAGUGCAAUAUAUUAUAAUUAAUUGUUAAUAUAAAGUGCUAUUCAUAUUAAAUAUUUAUUUUUUGUCUCCAUGAUUGAUUCACUGGUCAAAGUGUUGAAUGAUUGUCACCAUGAUUGAUUCACUGGUCAAAGUGUUGAAUGAUUGUCACCAUGAUUGAUUCACUGGUCAAGGUGUUGAAUGAUUGUCACCAUGAUUGAUUCGCUGGUCAAAGUGUUGAAUGAUUGUCACCAUGAUUGAUUCGCUGGUCAAAGUGUUGAAUGAUUGUCACCAUGAUUGAUUCACUGAUCAAAGUGUUGAAUGAUUGUCACCAUGAUUGAUUCACUGAUCAAAGUGUUGAAUGAUUGUCACCAUCCUUAAUCAUCGUACGUUUAAUUUAUAAUAAAUAUUUAUCACUUUGAA